AUGAGCAAAGUACUCGUCGUCUUCGGAGCCACGGGCAACCAAGGAGGAUCCGUCGUCGACUCGGUCCUCGGCGACGCCGCCCUCAGCCAGGAGUACAAAAUCCGCGCAGUGACGCGCGACACGUCCACACCGGCAGCACUGCAUCUGCAGCAAAAGAAGGUCGAGGUCGUCACGGGCAAUGCCGACGACACGCCGUCAGUCGAGAAAGCCGUCCAGGGCGCCCACACAGUCUUCUUCCUCACCACCACCACCUAUGACGACAAGCUAGAGGAGCGAGAGGUGUCACAGGGCAAACGCAUCGCCGAUGCCGCCGUGGCCGCGGGCGCAAAGUACCUCAUCUUCAGCACCCUGCCCUCCAUCAGUGAGAACUCGGGCGGCAGGUACAACAAGGGUGGACAUUUCGACUGCAAAACCCAGGUGGAGAAGUACAUUCGCACGCUGCCCGUCAAGAGUGCCUUCUUUGCGCCGGGCUGCUUCAUGCAGAACCUGGCAACCAACAUGCGGCCCAACGCCACGGACGACGGCACCUACGUGCUCGCCAACGUGGCCUCCCCCACGACGAAGCUGCCGCUCAUAGAUAUCACAGACACGGGCAAGUACGUCUCUGCAAUCCUGGCCGACCCCGACGCUUUUGAGGGCAAGGUCCUGUGUGCGGCCACGAGGCUGUACAGCAUCGAGGAGAUGGUGGGCAUCAUCAGCAAGGUUACCGGCAAGACUGUUCGCCACAGGCAGCUCCCGGAAGACGUGUUUCGCCAGCACAUGCCUCCUACCAUGGCGGACUAUAUCGUGCAUAUGCUGCUGUACAUACAGGAUUUCGGAUACUACGGCAAGGACACGGAGGAGUUGGUGGCCUGGACGGCGCGCCAGGCUCGGGGCAAGCUGCACAGUUUGGAGGAUUAUCUGGCAGAGAAUCCUCUAGAGCUGAACUGA